CGACGGGUAGGUUUUGCAGACGUCUGCUGCGUAUGAUUAUUUGUAAAAUCGCCAUUUAAUUGGUCCCUUGCUGCACAAUAGACAUUGCAAAUAUAUUUUGCUAUUUGUGCGCAAUUGCAAUUACAUGCACUAAGGCUAAUUCGGGAGUGUUUAACGGCAAAUUUUUAUUGGAAAGUUAUUGCGUGCUUCAACGUCGACAUCGGAAGCAGUGAAAUAAAAGAGCCAAAAAGGCGCUCGCAACACUCGCUCGUCAAAAAUUCGCUGGUUAACGUCGUCGUCGCGCUCGCUAUAGUUGUUUGCUUGAUUUUCGUGAGCUGAACGGGUCGCCUUCUUACUCAUUUGCUAUUUACUUUUUCCGUCGUGAACUUCGAAAUCAACUGCGCUAAUUAUUUAUUUAUUAUUCGGUUUAUUUUGGCACUCGUGUGUGUGAGUUACAAGCUGCAGCAAUGAGUGGGGGCUUGCCGGAGUUAGGCUCGAAGAUCAGCCUGAUUUCGAAGGCGGACAUCAGAUAUGAAGGCCGAUUGUACACCGUGGACCCGCAAGAAUGUACUAUUGCCCUCUCCAGUGUGCGUUCCUUUGGGACAGAGGACCGAGAAACCCAAUUCCAAAUUGCGCCGCAAUCGCAAAUUUACGAUUAUAUUCUAUUCCGCGGCUCGGACAUUAAGGAUAUUCGCGUGGUAAACAACCAUACAAUGCCCCAUCACACUGAUCCAGCAAUAAUGCAGGCGCAGCUGCAGAAUGGACCGCCCCAGGCUAUGCCGCCGCAUUUUCCUAUGCCCAACAGCAUGAAUGCGCCGCAGCAGCAGCAACAACAGCAGCAACAGCAUGGAGCUCCUCCAUCGAUGGGAGGUGCUGCUCCUGGCGCACCAGGUGGUGGUGGAUAUGGAAAUCCCUUUGGUCUGGGUGCAGCAGGUCUGGCCAGCAUGACUGGCAAUGCUGGCGGUGCCAGCUCAUUGGCGCCGGGUGCAGGAGCACCGGGCAGCGUAGGCCCCUUUAUGCACAUGACUGGCAAUCAGCAGCAGCCAAAGUCGCAGCAGCAACAGCAGAAACAACCAAUUUCUGUUUUAGAAAUGCUUGCCGGUGCCUCGCGUUCAACGACGCCCAUUAGCCUGAUUAGUCCCACGGCCGAGUUGGCCCCACAACAGCAGAUGCAGCAACAGCAGCAAAAUGCACUCGGAGGGGGUGGAGGCAAUGGUGGUAAUGGGCGCGAUGCUGGACAUAAGCGUCAGAACCAUCAGCAGGGACAGCAACAACAGCAGCGUGGUGGACCAAACCACAUGCCUCAGCAACGUAACAAUCAUAGCAACGACUUCUACAAUCACCCACAACAACAGCAGCAACAUCAGCAGCAGCGUGAUCGACGUGACUCGGGUCGCCAAAUGGAGCAAAACUACAACAAUUAUAACAAUCAGCGCAAUCGCGGAGGUGGCGGAGGUAUGCAACAGCGCGGCGGUGUCGGUGGAGGAGGUGGUGGCGGAGGCGGCGGUGGCAACAACGCCUGGAAUAUGCAUCGUGGUGGUUCACAGAAUCCCAACAACAUGAUGAUACGUAAUCGAGGCAUGGGUGGCCGCGGUCCCAUGCGCUCAAAUCAACAGGGCUUUCGUCCGCAGUCGGCUAAUCAAAAUAAACCUCGUAACAAGAUUAAAUUCGAGGGUGAUUUCGAUUUUGAGCAGGCCAACAAUAAAUUUGAGGAGCUCCGCUCACAGCUGACUAAACUCAAGGUGGGCGAUGAACCCAACAACAAAACCACAACAACUACUACAACAACAUCUACAACAACAACCAAUACUGAGCAGUUGAAUGGUGAAACAGAUAAGAAAGACGAUUCUGGCAAUGAGACCGGCGCUGGUGAGCACGAACCCGAGGAUGAGGAUGUGCAUGUUGGCUACGAUAAGACAAAAUCAUUCUUCGACAACAUCUCAUGCGAGGCUGCCCAGGAUCGCAGCAAGAACAAGAAGAAUGAUUGGCGUCAGGAGCGCAAAUUAAAUACGGAGACCUUUGGUGUGUCCUCGACACGUCGUGGCGGAUAUCGCGGACGCAACCACUACUAUAACACCAGCAAUACCAUGGGCGGUGGAGGUGGCAACGGAGGCAUGAACUCUGGCUACGGUAAUGCUGGUUACAACCGCAACAACUACCGCAUGGGUGGCGGCAACUAUCGCAAUCGCAGCAACAAUCGGAACAACAAUGGAGGCAUCGGCGGCGGUGGCAAUCGCGGCCAGAAUACUGUGACCAAUGGUAAUGGUAAUGCCAAUAGUAACACAGCCGCCGCGUUAAAGGCAGCUAACAAUGCGUCAGGUGCCACUGCCACCAACAACACGGAUUCCGCUACUACUGGCAAUGCGACAUCAACGAAGACAGCGACGCCAAUGCUGCCGGAGCAGACGCAACAAGUGGCGGCCGUUGCUCAAUAAUGCCCCACGAGUGGUCCGUUACCACUUUAAACAACAAGCAUGAAAGCAAAAAUAAAAACUGUCCUACUCAUCGCAUCGCUAAUUACUAACGGAAAGCAAAAAUCAAUCAACAAAUCAACCAACCGACCGACCGACCUAUCCGACCGAUCGACGACAAACGCGCUCUUAUCAUCAGGAAUUUCGAGUUAUGGAUCUUAAAGCAUAUAAAUAUAUAACUGUAUAAUUUUACUUGUGUUGUAAUACGCUUAUGACGUCCUGCGCGCAAUCGCCGCCAGCCACGCCCCCCAAUGUGUAGACCUUCGGUUAACCAUAGGAUAGAUUUUGUGUAAAUGGUGCCGAAUGAUAAGAAAAAGCGCAUUAGUCUACACACACACACACAAACACACCUCUUUAUAUAUUUAGUAUAAUAAAUGUGAAGAAAUAUAUUAAGAUAAGUCUACAAAAGUUGCAUACAAAGCCAAUAUUAGAGGAGUCGCAAAUGAAGUACACGAGAAAUUAUACAAACCAUUGAAUGAAUUCCCCCUAUCAAAUAAAACGAACGUAAUUAAUAAUCAUACAUACCUAUACAUAUGUUUAUGUCUUAAAAAGAAAAGAAAAGAAAACAAGAAAAGGCCAGCUUGUGCCCUAGUUGAGCAUACAUAUUUGCAAAUUUGCAUCUUUGUAUGUAUGUAUGUACGUUUUGUAUUUACCUGUGUGUGUGCGCUCACGCGUUGCCUUGGGCGUAGCGACUACAACAACAAUAACGACAGCAACAACAACAACAACAAAUUCAAAGCGUUUUACUAGCAUUUAAAUUUAAUUUUUAAGGACUUUUUAAAGCUGAAGCAAACAAAAGAAAAUGAAAGAAAAUAUAUAUAAAACGUAAAUAGCAGCAGCACUGUUUAUACAUACAUACAUAUAUCAAAAGGCGAAAAAUUUGUAAAAAGGCUUAACAAAAUUUGUACACAAGUCCAGGAGAGAGUGGUGGGCAUGUGAGGAAAACAAAAACAAAACAAAACCCAAGAAAACUGGCGUAUACAAAAAAGAUUAAGAUUUAAAUUUAAUGAUAAUGAUUAAUAAAGUGUGUGUGUAAUUUCAAAUUGAAA